AUGAUCGAACCUUUUGGGAAUCAGUACAUUGUGGCCAGGCCGGUAUAUUCUGCAAAUGAUUUUGGUGAAGAACAUAAGAAGAUAGAGAGAUAUCACAAGACAUUUCUGGAUCAUCUCAAACUGUGUUGCAGCUGUUCCGCACAAAAGGCCAAGGGAAUUGCCCUCUCCUUGUUCCCCAUAGCAUCUUGGUUACCUGCAUACCGACCAAAGGAAUGGAUCCUCAGUGACAUCGUUUCUGGUGUCAGUACAGGGCUGGUGUCUGUACUACAAGGGUUAGCAUUUGCUCUGCUGGUCAACAUUUCUCCAGUCUAUGGGUUGUACGCAGCCUUCUUCCCGUGCAUAGUCUACUUCUUCCUGGGAACUUCCAGACACAUAUCUGUGGGUAAGUCAGUUGUUGAGCUGAUGACUACUCACAUUGCUUUUUCUUUAUGAAUUUUAUUAUCCAUAUAUUAAUUGACAAAUAGUUCGGCAAGUAACGUGUCAUUAUCAUUGGAGGAGCGGAAGGUGUUGGUGGCUGCAACAGUCUCCAUGCUUGCUGGAAUUAUCCAGUUGAUCAUGGGGGUUCUACGGAUUGGAUUCGUUGUGGUGUACUUAUCUGAGUCCCUAAUCAGUGGCUUCACCACAGCUGCUGCCAUUCAUGUUCUGGUUUCCCAACUCAAAUUCAUUCUCCAGCUGCAAGUCCCACCACACACUGAUCCAUUUUCAAUUUUCAAAGUACUGGAGUCCAUAUUCACACAAAUAGAGAAGACUAAUAUUGCAGACCUUGUGUCAUCCCUGAUCAUCCUGGUGAUCGUAACUGUGUUUAAAGAAAUAAAUCAGCGCUUCAAAAGCAAACUUCCUGUGCCCAUCCCAAUUGAAUUCAUCAUGACUGUGAUUGCAACAGGUGUAUCCUAUGGCUUUGACUUCCAAAACAGGUUCAACGUGUCUGUGGUCGGGAAGAUGCAAAGUGGAUUUCAGCCGCCGAUUACACCCAACGCGGCAACUUUCCAAGAAACCAUAGGAGACAGCUUCGGCAUUGCCAUCGUCGCCUUCGCAGUGGCCUUCUCGGUUGCCAGUGUCUAUUCCCUCAAACACGAUUAUCAGCUUGAUGGCAGUCAGGAGUUAAUAGCCUUGGGAUUGGGUAACAUAGUUGGUGGAGCAUUCAGAGGAUUUGCGGGGAGUACCGCCCUCUCCAGAUCAGCGAUUCAGGAGAGCACAGGAGGCAAAACGCAGAUCGCUGGGAUUAUCUCUGCUAUCAUUGUGCUGAUCGUCAUUGUGGGCAUUGGGUUUCUUCUGGAGCCGCUGCAAAAGUCUGUCCUGGCAGCUCUAGCACUUGGAAACUUAAAGGGAAUGCUGAUGCAGUUUUCUGAAAUAGGCAGAUUGUGGAAGAAGGAUAAAUAUGAUUGUUUAAUCUGGAUCGUGACCUUCAUCUUGACCAUCGUCCUGGGACUCGGAAUAGGUCUGGGAGCUAGUGUGGCAUUUCAGCUGCUAACCAUUGUGUUCAGGACGCAGUUUCCAAAAUGCAGCACCCUGGCUAACGUUGGAAGGAGCAACAUCUAUAAGAAUAAAAAAGAUUAUUUAGAUAUGUACGAGCCAGAAGGAGUGAAAAUUUUCAGAUGCCCUUCUCCUAUCUACUUUGCCAACAUUGGCUUCUUUAGGCAGAAACUUAUCGAUGCUGUUGGCUUUAGUCCACUUCGAAUUCUACGCAAGCGCAACAAAGCUUUGAAGAAAAUCCGAAAACUGCAGAAGCAAGGCCAGCUGCAAGUGACACCAAAAGGCGUUAUAUGCACUGCUUAUAGCGUAAAAGACUCUGAUGAAGAGCUGGACAACAACCAGGUGGAAGAACUGGAUCAGCCCAUCAAUACCGCAGACCUGCCCUUCGAGAUUGACUGGAAUGCUGACCUUCCUUUCAACAUUGCAGUCCCCAGAAUCAGCAUCCACAGCCUCAUUCUUGACUUUUCAGCAGUGUCCUUUCUGGACACUUCUUCAAUGAGGGGUCUCAAAAAGAUAUUGCAAGAAUUUCUCAGGGUCAAGGUGGAUGUGUAUAUCGUUGGAAGUGAUGAUGAUUUCAUUGAGAAGCUUACUCGGUGUGAGUUUUUUGAUGAGGAAGUCAAGAGCUCAGUAUUUUUCUUAACCAUCCAUGAUGCUAUUUUGCAUAUUUUGAUGAAGAAAGAUUACAGUACUUCAAAGUUUAAUUCCUAUCAGGAAAAAGACACGAAAGUUGAUUUUACCAUCAAUACAAAUGGAGGAUUACGUAAACGGGAGUAUCAGGUACCAAGUGAAACAAGAUUCUAAUCAAAAUACAAUUCUGAGGGAUCUUCACCUAUCACAUAAAGAACAACUUUGUACUCA